AUGGAAGAGUCUCAGCUCAUCGUAACGGCUCCCACUGGCAUGGCAGCAAUGAACAUCGGAGGGUCUACUAUUCACUCUUGGGCGGGAAUAGGCUUGGGCCUGGGACCAGCCGACAAGCUGCUCAAGCAACUUUUGGGCGAUCAUCGUUACAAGGUCAUGAACGGAGGAGCAAAGGGCCCAAUCCAGGACGAGCCGCGUAGUAGACUUCCCCGCGGUAUGCGAAGGUGGCUAGAGUGCCAGGUGCUCAUUAUUGAUGAGAGUGCGUCGCCCUUUUGA